CUACUUGAGCGAGGGUAUGCCCUGCCUUCACUCCGACGCGCAGGAGUCCAUGGAGCCCGACGGAGCGACGCCCGGGGCGGCUUCUCCGGCCACCGCGAGGUCCUUCCGCGGGGAAACGGUGAGCGAGCCGCCGAUGAUCCGGGGAACGGGCUGGUUCUUCUCGCCGCAGUGGGACCCCCGCUCGAAGAAGCGCGGAGAGAGAUUUGGAGACGGUCUGAGAAGCGACCAGGUGGAGGCAUGGCUGGAUGACCACUCCGACUUCACCAGGGACUACUUUUUCCGCAGAACUUCCGCGGUCCGUGGGGCCCAGUCUCCGCUGCCCAGGCUUCCCAGGAGCAGCUCGGACCACACCGACAUGCUCAGGCCGGUUCCUCAUCGCAGAUCUUCCUCUCCCCCGAUGGACUCGCACUUGAACAUUUCCUCCCUGAUGGACCGGCUCAAGCCCCUCGCCUCCAACCCCGACUGGGAGGAUCCCUUCAGCCCGGACCUACUGGGCUGUCACUCCCCUUUCUCCACCCGUUCGUCCCGCUUCUCCUUUUCCCCCUGCCGUCCUCUUUCUCCCAUUUGCUCCCCCGACUUACCCCACUCGCCUCACCCGCCGCCUCCCCCGGCCGAAAGCGCCGCGGCAUGUGGCCACGGCGACUGUUGCCCCUGGGCCACGGAGCUCCUGAGAGGGGGUCUUGGUCGGAUGGGCUCUGUGGCGGAGCUCUGCCGGGGGGCUGCCCUGCACUCUGGGGAGCUGCUGAUGGCCGAGUGCUGCUCCCUCUCGCUGGUGAGGAAAGACUGCGGUGGAAAGAACACCCUGGAGGAGGUGGUCGCCCCGACAGCGCUGGGGUUGCGGAGCGAGGUCGACCUCUGCAGCCGCGCCCACCCAAUUCUGAUGAAGGGGAUCAUGGGGUGUGUGCUGUCCACGGGGUCACCCAUCAACCUGAGGGAUGCGUCAGUGGACCCCAGAUUUGACCUUGAUGACGAUGAGUCGUCACACAUCAGGAACGUUUUGUGUGUUCCAAUCAAGAACCACACCAGAGAGGUGGUAGGUGUGGUGUUAAUGAUCAACAAGAGAAAAGGCUGCGAUGGAUCGGUUUCCAGUUUUACCGACAUGGAUGAAAAGGUGCUGCUGAAUCACGUGGAUGUGUUGGGGAUGGUCCUGGAUAAUGUGCAGCUGUAUGAAAGCUCCAGACAGGAGGCCAAACGCAGUCAGGCCUUGUUAGAGAUGGCACAGGUAUUGUCAAAGGAGCACCUUUCCUUUGAAGUUCUGCUGAGUAAGAUGGCUGCCACCAUCAUGCCCUUCACACAUGCUCAGUACUGCACUAUCUUCAUCCCCAGCGAGCAGACCCCAGCUGUGGAAGACGAGCCGGAGUUCUCCAGAGUGAUCCACCUGGAGUGUGAGGAGCUCGGAUCGACCUGCCAGAUCUACAGAAGGGAGCGGGACUUUGGAGAUUUAGACCCAUCCAAUGCUUUAAAAACUCUGGUGUGCAAGAAAACGCUCAACAUGUCGGACGGUUCGGAGGGGUCGAGGAACAGCGUCAUCUGCUGCCCCGUCAGAAACGAGAUGUCCGAGAAUGUCAUCGCGGUGUGCCAGCUCACUAACAAGAGGACCAGGGACUCCGAUGAGGUAGAGGCCUUCAACAGGUAUGACCAGCGCCUGCUGGAGGACCUGGCGCUGUACUGCGGCCUGGCCCUGCAGUACGCUCAGGCCGUGCAGAUCACCGAGGAGCGGAGGGCCAGUAUAGAAGUCACGCAGGAGGUUCUGGCCUACCACAUCACCGCGGCGGAGGAGGAAAUCCAAGCCCUGCAGGAAGCUGCGAUUCCCACUGUGGAAUCCCUGCAACUCCUCGACUUCCGCUUCUCUGAUUUGGGUCUGCCAGAGGAGGCGACCUCCCAGGCCACCGUUCGCAUGUUCCUGGACCUCAAUUUGGUGCAGGAUUUUAACAUUGAUUACAAGAGUCUCUGCCAGUGGGUGCUGACUGUGAGACGCGGUUACAGGAACAACGUGCCUUAUCACAACUGGAACCACGCACUGAGCACCGCUCAAAGCAUGUUCGCCAUGCUCAUGGCCACAGAGCGCCUCCAGACCAUCUUUUCCCGCCUGGAGAUCUUGGCGCUGAUGAUAGCCACUCUGAGUCACGACCUCGACCACAGAGGAUACAGUAACUCGUACAUAGAAAGGAGCCAACAGCCUUUAGCUCAGCUGUACGGACACUCGUCUCUUGAAAGGCACCACUACAACCUGUGCCUCUUCAUCCUGAACAACACAGGGAGUCAGAUCCUCAGCGGUCUCUCUGCUGAAGACCACAGGGCCGUCCUACACAUGAUCAAAAGGGCAAUCCUCGCAACUGACCUGACCGUCUACAUGGAGAGAAGGAAGGAGUUCUUUUCUCUCACCAAGAAGAGUAGAGUCAGCUGGAAAAGUGAGAAAAAACGAGAUUUACUAAGGUCAAUGUUGAUGACAGCCAGCGACCUCUCUGCCAUCACGAAGCCUUGGCCUGAACAAAAAAGGAUCGCCAACCUGGUUACCAUGGAGUUCUUUGCACAAGGGGACAAAGAAAAAAAGGAGUUCAAAAUCAAUCCCAUUGACAUAAUGGACAGGGAGAAAAGCACUCGACUGCCAUACAUGCAGGUGGAAUAUAUCAACGACAUCUGCUAUCCACUCUACAAGGCUGUUUCAAGGCUGUUUGACACCUGCUCCCCACUGCUGAGAGGCUGUAGGAAGAACAGGGAAAACUGGAUUCACUUUGCUGAGAGUGCAAAGGGAAAGGACUGUAACAAUAGCUGUUGUAUCACCCUGGAAGCGCAUCAAAACCAGGAUGAGGAGACGCAGCCGGAGGAAUAGGGGACUGUGCACAUGAUGAACCCACCUGUUUGUUACUCCAUUUUCUCUUGGACACAUAUUGACUAAAUACCUGCAUAGUGCCCAGACAUCAGCACUUUGUCUACUUAAGUGCACAAUGCUGCAGUUAUUUACCAAUAUGUCCGCAAGCAUAACUAAUGACCUGUCAGUAGUCACAUUCCUCACAUAAGUAACAUUGAUGUGUUUCAACAUGUUCUUUGGGAUGAAGGAUUUCCAUUGUACAUUUUCACAUAAUUACAGUAUCCAUCAUCUUUCUGCAGAGUCUUUUGGCUCAUUUGGCAUUAAAAUCUGUGGCUGCGGUGAUCCUAAACGGUGCUUUUGACACCCUGCAGGCAAAGUAAAACAAUAUCGAUGAUGAUAAUAAUCUUUUAAAAUAAAAAGGGCAGGGGGGGUGUCCACUGCUGCUGUGGUGCGGGAAAGUGAUCCACAUUGUCGAGAAGUUCUUGUAAG